UCUUUUAAAGCAACGCGAAAUUUUUCUGUUUCUGAUUGGAGCAAAAACUUUGAAGUGAUUUUUCAGGAUGAAGAAGCUCUGGACUGGGGAGGUCCACGCAGAGAGUGGUUUGAGCUCAUCUGUAAGGCGUUAUUUGAUACCACCAGUCAACUCUUUACCCGCUUUAGUGAUAACAACCAGGCCUUGGUGCAUCCAAAUCCAGGGCGUCCCACAUACUUAAGACUCAAAGUGUAUGAAUUUGCAGGCCGCUUAGUAGGAAAGUGUCUUUAUGAAUCAUCUCUGGGAGAUGCUUACAAACAGCUGGUUCGAGCUCGCUUCACCCGAUCCUUCCUGGCUCAGAUCAUAGGACUUCGUAUGCAUUACAAGUAUUUUGAAACGGAUGACCCAGAAUUCUAUAAGUCCAAAGUUUGUUUCAUACUGAACAAUGAUGUGAGUGAGAUGGAUCUGGUCUUUGCUGAAGAGAAGUAUAGCAAAACAGGACAGCUGGAGAAGGUGGUGGAACUGGUGACAGGAGGGGCUCAAGUACCAGUCACCAAUGAAAACAAGAUCUUGUAUCUAAACCUGCUUGCACAAUACAGGCUGGCCAGUCAGGUUAGAGAGGAGGUGGAUCACUUCCUGAAAGGUCUUAAUGAGUUAGUUCCUGAGAACCUCCUGGCUAUUUUUGAUGAGAAUGAGCUUGAGUUGUUGAUGUGUGGAACUGGAGAUAUCAGUGUCUGCGACUUCAAGAUACAUGCUGUAGUGGUAGGAGGAUCUUGGCACUUCCGUAUGAAGGUCAUGGGGUGGUUUUGGACUGUGGUCUCCAGUUUCACGCAGGAAGAGCUGGCCAGGCUCUUGCAGUUCACAACUGGUUCCUCCCAGCUGCCCCCAGGAGGGUUUGCUGCACUCCAUCCAUCUUUCCAGAUCAUUGCAGCUCCGACUCACAAUACUUUGCCGACAGCCCACACUUGUUUCAACCAGCUGUGCCUCCCUACUUACGACUCCUAUGAAGAAAUGCACAAGAUGCUGCAGCUAGCUAUCAGCGAGGGUUGUGAAGGCUUUGGCAUGCUGUGAUUUCCCCUCUCCAGGAGACCACUUAGCCUCCUGGCUCUUCAUGGCAAGACCCAGGUUCAGUCCUCUGCUUGUUCUCCUUCCCUUCAUAUGGGCAGUGGAGGCAGAAUAAAGACUCUGUGUAAAGGAAUUUGUCACCUAGACGAUGUCACGUGGCCUUUCUGUAUCCCAAAUAUGUCAUCAAGAGCUCAUCUUUUCCCUUUCCCUCAUUCUCACUUUGAUUCAGUGUGAAACAGCAAAAGGACUGUGGUGCAUUCAUCAAGGUGAUAUUGCACUUGAUUUCCCUGCACCCCAUACACUCAUCCUUCCGUAAGAAGAUGAAGUUCGUAAGCAGAAGUUACAGCAAGGUGCAGGAGAUCUGCUGAGCUGCCUCUAUCGUAGCUCUGGGAGGAAGAGGGAAGAACAGUGUGGAAAACCUGGCUCACAGGAAGCCUUAGUAACUUUCCGUGUCUUGGCUCAACUGCCCCUGUGAUGCUCCCCAAUAGUUCAC